UAAACAAGAGAGACUGCAGAAGCUGGCCUCAGCAUUCUUUCAUUUAUUUACCCUUUAGAAUUCGAUUGGUCUCAUCGUUUCUGAGAGAUGCAUGGGAACAGUGGGCCACUUGUUGAUUUGGAGUUGAGUCGAAGCCCACAAGACCCGAGAAGAAAGCUUCAAACCGAAUCAAAUCAACGACAUAGAGUUGACAAAUGUUGAGUGUCAGUUUCGACUUUGAAUUUGUUUAUUACCAAGAUUCCUGCUCGGGAUCCGGAUAUUCGAACGUGUUGGUUCUCGAAGGCUGAAUUCGUCCCUUGUUCAUUUUUUUAUAUGCUGAAUUUUUUCUUUAGAGAAUGAACAAAUCAAGCUGACCGGUUGCUAACUUUGACCACCCGCAAAAUGUGGAUGGGUUCUAUACUUUUCUCUAUUUCUUGCGAAUCUGUAUGUGCGAACCCACAAAAGGUAAUCUUGGUCAGGGAAAGUUCCCUGAGUUGGCUUGAAAGUUUCCAGUUUUCACUCUCGCAUAAGCCAAAACACAGAAACACGUCAUGGCAUAUACAUAUACGACACUGACAAACGAAAAGUCAGCAACUUGAUGCGCAGGGGCAAGAACCCAAAAGUCAAUAGAAGAGAACCCUUUUUCCCUUCACACAAAUCGAAAUCGUCUCUGCUGGUGGAGGAGACUGAGAGGGCGGAAGAUGUAUCAAAACAGCGAGAUAGAAGAAGAAGAAGGAGGAGGAGGAGGAAAGAGACUGGACAGCGUAAGAGAGAAUCAGGUUGAAGGAAGCAGCAGCAGUGGAACAGUGUCUAUGAAUGGGGAAGCCAGCGUCUACAUUGGAGUUGGAAAGGGAGAGUCAAGCAUGGAGGCAUUGCGUUGGACACUUGGCCACUUCACGCCCACUUCCAACACCUUUAUCUUCCUCAUCCAUGUCUUCCCUGAGACUCACUUCAUCCCUUACCCCUUGGGGAGGCUUCCUAGGGAGCAAGCCAGUCAAGAACAACUUGAAAGUUUUAUGUCUCAGGAAAAGGCAAAGAGGAGAUCUCUCCUGCACAAGUUCCUUGACGUCUGUUCUGCUUCUAAGGUGGAUGUGGAGACCAUACUGGUCGAGAGUGACUCCGUCGCUAAGGCAAUACAAGAUCUCAUUCCCAUUCUCAAUAUAAGAAAGCUUGUUCUCGGGAUCAACAAAUCUAACGCGAGGAAACUGAGGUCGAGAAGAGGAAGCAGUGUUCCCGAGCAGAUACUGAGGAGCUCUGCAGCAGAGACCUGCGAGGUCAAAGUCAUAUGCGAAGGAAACGAAAUGAAAAUCGAUGGAACUAUGAUACAGUCGCCGACCAAAAGCCCCGGCAGCCGUGACUCCAAGUCGGAUCUGUCCGGAAAGAAAGAUCAAGUCGGUGAACCCUUUGCUUGCAUUUGCUUCAGAAAUAAAGCCCAAGAAUAAACAACUGAUUUGAGUGUCGGCUUUUAAGUUUGCAUGUAACUGUGGUCGGGAGAUGUACACGAUGACUGUUGAACGACA